CCACCAUUGUCGUAUUUAAUCGUCGUUGUUCUAUAAUAAUAACUUUCUUAUCAGGACAUUUAAUAAAACAUUGAUAAAAUAACUUUCAUACGUCUACAUAUGCACAUAUAGGCGGAUCACACAGACAGAAUUAAAGAAAGGAUGUUACAGACUGCACUAUUUGUAGUCGUAACUAUUACCUUUUACGUCCAUGUAUCUGCAACAAAUUUACAUAUGUACGUGAGCCCAACUGGUGUGGACACCAAUGAUGGUCUGUCGGAUAAAACACCGGUAAAGAAUAUAGAGCAGGCCAUAAGAAAUGUGAAAAAUGUGAAACAUAACAACGAUACGCUCUACAUAGAGUUAAUGGCAGGCUAUCAUGACCUUCCAAGGACUCUACAUUUAGACAGCAAAACAACGAUUCGGGCUUACAACCAACAAGAAGUUCACGUGACUGGCGGUCGACGAAUUCCUGUUGCAAAUAUAAAGCGUGUUACGGACAAAGCUGUUUUGGCUCGUCUACCAACAAAUGCACGACAACAUAUUCGUGUGGUCAAUUUGCAUGAGUUGAAUAUAACAAACUAUGGAAGAACUGAAAAAUAUGGUUCAAAUGUCAAAAGGUCAACAACACUAGAGGUGUUUGUUAACGGAAUACCUCUACACGUCACUCGAUGGCCCAAUAAGGGAUAUCUGGACGCAGUUGAAUUUCCAGACGGGAAGCAAGGCUUACGCUUUCGUUACAAUUCCACAGUCCCUCAAACCUGGCAAAAUGAAAGUGACCCAUGGGUAUAUGGGUAUUGGUAUGCCGGAUGGUCUGAUGGUGCUAUUAAAGUGACUUCUCUGGACACGAAAUCAAUGACUGUGACCCUUGCAGAGAAACCGCCUCAUGGCUUCAGGCUGUUAGGUAACUGGGACGCUUUCCAACAAGGUAAGGCUGCUCACGAUGGGGGCUACUUUCGCUUUUGGAAUAUAUUGUCAGAGCUAGAUGAGCCAGGAGAGUAUUAUAUGGAUAGAGACAGUGGACAUCUGUAUAUGUGGUUACCGAAUCAAGAUGGCAAUGUAAAACAAUCCGAUGUUAUAUAUAUUUCUAUGAUUUCAGACUGUAUAUUAAUUAACACUAGAGCAAAGGAUGUCGAGUUAACGGGCUUUACCUUGGAGGCAUGUAGGAAGACCGGGAUAUUUGCACGCAGUGUACACAACGUAAGGUUAAAUGAAGUGGAAGUGAAAAAUACAGGUCAUAUGGCUGUAAGGUUUGUUGGAGAUUGCAGAGAAUGUGAAAUAUCACAGUGCUACAUCCAUGACACGUGCGGAGGAAUUUCUGUCUCAGGUGGAAAUAGAAACAAGCUUGAGUCAUCAGGAAAUAUUGUUCAACAUAAUGAGUUUGAACAAUUUUCUCGUGUGGGUGCAGCAGGGAAUGAUGCUAUAUCUGUAUCUGGUGAAGGACAUACCGUCGCUCACAACCAUAUCCACGAUGGUGAAGCAGGAGCUAUCGGCUUUUAUGGGAAUGACAAUAUCCUCGAGUACAAUUUGGUACAUCAUGUAUGUACAACAUUAUCUUCUUGUAAUGCCAUUCGGACGGGCUAUGACUGGACGUAUCGAGGUAAUUUCAUUCGUAACAACAUUAUUCAUCACUCUUUACGGCUGGUUCCCGGGAAUUCAAACAAAGCGAUAUACUUAGAUGGUCAAGGGUCUGGUACCCAAAUACUCGAUAAUGUAAUGUACGAUAACGAUAUCCACGUGCAAAUUGGAGGCGGUCGUUACAAUUUCAUCACAAACAACGUAAUGUAUAAUGCUACAAGAUCCAGUAUAGCAGUAGACGCUCGUGGUACAAGUCAUCGGGGUGACAAUGGCUUGUAUCAGCAUUUACAUUCAGUGCCAUAUCAUGAUGCUGCCUGGAGUCUAAGAUAUCCACAUUUAGCCCACAUUGAUCAAGAAAAUGCAAGUUUGCCAGAAGGAAAUCAAAUAACUAAGAAUGUUAUAUAUGCAAGCCCAAAGACUGGUUACAUCGGUGGAAUACCAGGAUUUUUAAAAGACAACCAGUCAGCGUAUUUCAAUUUUACAGAAAUAGGUUUUUCGUCAGGGAGUGGUGACCAUUUUAAGCCAGAAAAUGGUGAUUUCAGAAUUGCAUGUAAAUUAUGGGAAUGGGCAACUAGAGUAAAAUUUCAUCAAGUUGUUUCACCAAAUUUAGUUGGACCAUCUCUAUCUCCGAUUGGUCCGUCUUACCUACACAGAGGCCUCAAAUAUCUGGUGAAUACGACCUAUGGUCAAAUUCCAUGUCCUACGCUACCAUCACCAAACGUUCCAGUAGCUCCCUUCAUUCCAUAUGGUUUAUAUAGUAACCAGAUAUUUCCGGUAGAGAAAAUUGGUUGUUGGUUGAACGUAACAAAAUGUCAGAAUCAUACUGCCGCGAUUGGAACAUACAGAGAUAUGUAUGGGGAGAGAUACCGCCAUGCUUCCGCCAAUGAAUCCAUGUGCUUCCAGCGAGCUUUAGAGCAAUGGCAGUUUUGUGGAUCACACAGGCGUGACCCAGUUGUGGCUAUUUAUGGACCUACUGGCAAUGUAACUAUUCGUGGUGAGGGUUGUGUUGAGGCUUGGUAUGGAUGUCCAAAACAUGGUGGACCAGCAGAUGGACAUGUUAAUUUGACGCACGGCAGAUAUUUUCAUGAUAAUUAUAAACCGGCUCAAACCAGCGAGAAAAUCUGUUUGGAGAGGGCAGUGCAAAUUUGGAGAUAUUGCGGUUCAAGUACAAAUUACCCCAUAACGACGGUUUACCUGCCAACCGGAGCCAAGCGAACUGCUGGUGGUGGUUGCUGGAUAACAACAGAAAGCUGUCCAAAACAUCCACAACAAAGUAAUAUAUUCUAUGAUGCCGACGGGGCGACUUAUUAUAAUACAGAUGAAAGCGAGUUUCCUUGCCUCCACAGAGCCGAGUAUUACUGGCACAACUGUGGUUCGGAUCCUAACUAUCCAGUCACCGCAACGUUUCGUCCCUCAACACACAGUCAAACAUAUCCAUAAUGUCGACACCUACUCUGUAGUUAUUGCAAUAUUUUGCUACAUUUAUUUGACUGAAAUAGACGAAUUUUCACACAAUAGAAUUAAAAGCUUAUUACUA